UACCUUGACGAGAUGCAGAUAAGAAAAAGAUAUCGAUAGCGCGCGCCGGAUCGACCGGAGAGGGAAAUCGGCCUGUCGUCAGCCUAGUCCUGUCAGUUCGUUUCUUGGAACUGGAAGUUAGAGAUUCUUUGACAUUUGGAAGCAGUCACACGAUGCGGACAUGAUUAACGCAGUGCGUGCGGCCUUCCAUCAGCGGGGGCAAGUCAAGCCUCUGAUUGGUUGCAGCUAUCAUGUGACUUCCAGAUGCUUUUCAAAGUCGAGCCAAAGAUGUAGGUCCGUAGGACAAGACGCUCUCACACAAGAAUAUGAUGCUGUCAUCAUCGGUGCUGGACACAAUGGACUAACUGCCGCAGCCUACCUUCAGAAAGCAGGGCUCAAGACCCUUGUCUUAGAGAGAAGGCACAUCAUAGGAGGUGCUGCAGUCACUGAAGAGAUAGUACCAGGUUUCAAGUUUUCCCGAUGUUCCUACGUCCUUAGUCUGCUGCGACCUGAUAUUUACAAAGAUCUGGAGCUGAAGAAGCACGGACUAAAGGUUCACAUCCGAGAUUCCUACGCCUACACACCUCUGCUGGAGGACCCGGGGCCCAACGGCAAGCCUCGAUCACUCCUCUUGUCUUGCGAUCAGAAGAAAACCUACGAGCAGAUUGCCCAGUUCUCGGAAAGAGACGCAAAGAGAUAUUUUGAGUAUGAGCAUCAGAUGACCGAAAUCGCUCAGGCCCUAGGACCACUCUUAGAUGCCCCGCCUGUAGAGCUGUCUACACUAGGUGACGGUACCAUGAGCGAUCGCAUGGACAUGUGGCCUGGGCUCAAGGCAAUGCUACAAACAGGAAAGGCUUUGGGGAAAAACCUCCCACAGUUUUAUGAGCUCUUGACUGCUCCAAUGGACAAGAUUCUUGAUCGAUGGUUUGAAUCGGAACCCUUGAAAGCAACCCUAGCUACAGACUCUGUGAUCGGUGCCAAUGUAACACCAAAGACUCCAGGAAGUGGGUACGUCUUGAUCCAUCAUGUGAUGGGCGAAGCAGAAGGCAUCAAGGGGGCCUGGGGUUACGCUGAGGGGGGCAUGGGAGCAGUCUCCAGGAGUAUUGCCAAUGCUGCCGAGGCCCAUGGAGCUACCAUCUUGACCGACAAGCCUGUGAGUACAGUGCUCUUGGAUUCAGACCAGAGGGCCUGUGGAGUUGUCUUAGAGGACGGGACUGAAGUACGCAGUAAGAUGGUGCUGUCCAACGCUACGGCCAGAAUCACCUACCUCAACUUGACCCCUCGGGAGGCUCUACCCAAGGAAUUCAUUGAGGAGGUCCAGGCCAUCGAUUACACUUCCCCUGUCACCAAAAUCAACGUUGCCGUGGAUAGACUACCAGAUUUUAAGGCCAGCCCCACUGGGCAAACGCAGCAACCCGGCCCCCACCACACCUGCACUAUACACCUGAACUGCGAGUCGACGGAGCUACUUAACGAGGCCUACCAACCAUGCCAGACUGGCCACAUCGCGGACCGACCAAUGAUCGAGAUGUGUAUACCAUCCUCCCUGGACCGUACCAUUGCGCCGGAGGGGUGCCACGUCCUGUCGCUGUUCACGCAGUACACCCCGUACCAUCUUGCCGAUGGGAAGGAAUGGGAUGAGGAGGCAAAGAACGAAUACGCUGACAAGGUCUUUAACUGUAUUGAAGACUACUGCCCUGGCUUUAAGUCUAGUGUUAUUGGUAGGGACAUACUACCACCGCCGGAGCUGGAAAAGAUAUUCGGGCUGACAGGAGGGAAUAUCUUUCAUGGUGCGAUGUCAUUGGAUCAGCUUUACUUUGCUCGGCCUGUGAUGUCUGCAAGUUAUCGGUCCCCGAUCGCAGGGCUGUAUCUUUGCGGUAGCGGUGCUCACCCAGGCGGGGGUGUGAUGGGUGCACCAGGGCGGAAUGCAGCCCAAGUUGCCAGCAAAGAUCUGAAGAGACAAGGCAAGAAGAAAUAAACGUCAUCGUGAUCACGACAUGCAAGUGUCUGCAUGAUUUAGCCCUGUGCAUCAUACGCAUGUCAGACCUUUGUCAGUUUUGUGGUGGCGCAAUCGUCGCUGUGAUAGGACAGAAGAAAUUUUCUUCGCCUUUGUGUAUUUGAUGAAUCAAUAUGCUGCCAAGAAUGUUGUACUAAUGGACUUUGGGAAUUAUGUAUACUUUCUGUUUCCUCACCCUCCCAAGGACGGACAGAACACACUGUCUGAAACGUCGAGCUCUACACUCAACCAACCAGUGUUUUUUUUUUCAGAACCACAUUUCUUCCACAGGCAUGCAACUGGGAAAUCACAAAAAAAGAGGAAAUUCAAAUUUUUUCCAGACUUUGUACAGUGUUUUUCUAUUUUCAAUGGCACACAUGGGAAGUAAAAAAAGAGGAAAUCAGCUGAUCCGAGGAAAAGUUGCAUGCCUGCUUCCAAGAAGAGAUUACUUUCCACAUGGUGUUACCCGCAAUCUUUCCACUUUGAUACAUGCUAUCAUGUGCAGUUUUUGAACCAUGUUUAACGACUAUUGUAAUUUACAUUCAUUAGUAGAUCUAUUUUUAGAUUUCAUUCUUGUGAUUUAUCAGAUACAUAGAAAUAAAAUUGUCGAUACUUAUUUUUUUAACAAGACAAUCGUUUAGAUGCUUAUUUCUAAAAGAUUUGAAAUUUUAACAUCUAUAUUGAACCAUUUCUAAUGACUGAAAUAUAUUCCGUACAUGUAUGUGUUAAUUGCACAAAAUUAAAUUUUAACCUUCAAAAGUUUCUUUGCUUCCAAUCUAUGCAAGUGUCUAUUCAAUUUUCCAUGAGGUGACAUAUUUUUAAAAAUUCAAUAAAUUGUUUCCAGCUUUGGAUUAUCGUUUCAGUAAUUUUCAGUUAUGUACUUUGCUUUUAUGUUAUUCAGAAUUUUUGAGAUUUUGAGCAUUUCUUAAUUUUUUUUGAGGAGGGGGGCAGAAUUGUGUUAAUGUCAAGCUUUACCUCUUGUAGAUAAUAAAAUGUGGCUUGAAAUUUGGUGUAAAAAAUUACUAUUUAAACCAAUUGUUUUCAUGUUUAAAGGUCAAUAAAUCAAAGUAUGGAUGUUGUUAAUUUAA